CUUGCCCUUGUCACAUUCUCUCCCGUCCAUUUCCAACUGAACGAACUGCCAGAUGCAAUUAAACUACGUUACUGCCUGACUUAUCCACAGUGACUAUGCAACAAUCAAUCAAAGCUUCACAUUCAAAGUCUCGCAAUGGAUGCCUCAGAUGCAAAGCAAGAAAGGUUAAAUGCGAUGAGCGAAAGCCCGCUUGUGCUCGUUGUGAGGACCAAAAAUAUGAUUGCCCAGGAUAUGCACUCAAUGUGCGUUGGUCACAAAAGCACCAGACACGACCAAAUAUUAUCGAGAGCCCUUUGCGACAAAGGAAGGCAAAAAGUCGUAUGAACGUCACUUCCAGUUCAGUAGCCGAAGGCUUCCACCAGAUGAACGGAUGGCUCGAUUCUCCAUCUCAGCUGGACUUCGUCAUGCCAGCUGACAUAUUCAACAUCGACAACAUAUCACAAGACCUCCUGGGGGGCGAGUCGUCGGCGCGCAUCAACGAUAAUAUUAUAGAUUCACCUGACGAGAACAUGACAAUUUGGACUCUUCCAGAAGAUCCAGGAUCAACAUUCAACAUUAUCGAACCAAUGGGAGUAAUUGGCCAGUUCCUCGACAAUACUGCAAGAAGCCCACCGUUUCAAUUUGAGGCUCCGUCACGCGGAGAACAGUCCCUUAUCCAGGUCCGGCAUCCAUACCCUGACCCGCAUCUUCGCUUGUCCAACAUGCCAACCACUUUAUCUGAAUAUUUUUUUCGCGAUGUCAUCACUCUUUACUGUUCCUGGGAUAGUGAACUCAAUGUUAUGCGCAAUAUCAUUGAGAAAAUGUGGCAGUCUUCCGGGGUGCUCUAUCAUACAAUUCAGAGCAUGGCUGCAGCAUGCUUGUCAAAGGACUUCCCGCACCUGCUACGAGUUGCUCGUGAGGAACGUUCACAGGCACUUCAUCUCGUGAACAAUAGACCUCAAGAAGUGGAGAAGCAAGUAAUGCUGCUUGCAUCCAUGCUUCUAGGCCAUACCUCGAGCUGGUUGAGCCCUCACAAUCUUGCAACCGAGACCUUUCGAGCAAGCCAAAGCAUACUGGAUGAAAUUGCAACUGAGAAUAAUGACAUUUCGGAGAUGUCCUUCUUCAGAGAUACCAUGGAUUAUUGGGCCAUGCUUCUGGUCUAUCUCACGGAUAAGAACGAGCUAGGAGAGUACCGUCGAGAGGAACGGGUUGGACCACCAAACUUGACGAAACCAAUCGAACCACAUCCUUACUCUGGUAUCUCGCAGGAUAUGGUUCGCGCACUGACAGAUACGGGGAUACUCAUAUUUCAAUACCGGAAACACAUGUCCACCAUGAAGUUCAUGACUGAAAGCGAUCUUGACGUGUUCAGAACUGCAUUGCGUGAGGGCAGACGGCUGGAACGCAUGUUUCUGGCACACCAAGUGCCAAGCGCAGUCCAGACCAAGAACCCUGGCGACCCGAAGACACCACUGAAGCAUUUGGAGCUUAUGGAUGAAGCGUAUAGAUGUACAGGGCUGUUGCAGCUCUACCGCGUCUUUCCCGAUCUUUUGAACGAACGAUACUCACCUUGGAACAAGGAUCACAUUCUACGGCCUUUACCAGCACAUCAAGUGCCAACAAAACAGGAGAGACAGCUAUGGCUGACACAAUUUGCUCUGCAUAUCCUUGGUAUUUUGGAAGAGAUUCCGUUUGAGUCAAGGACCCGCAGUGCUCAGCCGUUUGUUAUGGUUGCCAUAUCUGGUGAACUCAGACAGAAUUCUCACAGUCUUCAAGGGUCUGAUGUCUCUAUUACAGAUACUGGCAUGCUGAGCAUUGAUAGUGUCUCUAUCGAAGUGGCCCGUGCCCGGAAGUUUGUGAGCUCCCGGCUAUCAGCAUAUACACACAUCUUGCCCUUGCGAAAGAGCCAAGUCAUUUUGGAGCUCAUCAAUCAAGUUUGGUCAGCGAUAGAUGAAGGACAGGAGGAUGCUUACUGGUUGGAUAUUGCAUACGAGAAGAAACUGGGCACAAUGAUGGGGUAGUGUAGUUGGUGGUUGAAAGUCAUGUCGAGGGAGUUCAUGUUGCUAUAGACAAUUAUAUUUCACUGUCCAACAUUCUACAGCUUUCCCUCCUUGGCACCGCCGGGUAGAGCGAUCUUUGCAAACUUGAGCAACGUUUGAUCAGCUGUGAGCUUGGUCUGGAGACGUUCUUCCGUGACGAGGAAUGCCCGAGGAAACCACUCGCUGACAUCCUCUCCAAGUAUCAUUUUUACCAACGCCUCACCCGUCAGCCAGCACUUGUCCAUGCCAUAACCGUUGAAUCCAGCAGCUAUCCACUGUCCAUCGUCGCCAACAGUGCCCGUCAAAGACUCGGGUAUCUUGCCUACUAUAGGAAGUCCAUCUGCUGUGUGUCCUUGAAUGCCUGACCAGAUAGCCUCGAUCUCCGAAACGGUCUCCGAUCCCCAGCCAUCUAGAAACAAUUUUGGUAAAACAUUAGAAAGUGCCUGCCUCGCUUCUUUAGGAACAUAAGUAUCAUCUGCAGUCAGGAUGUCUUUCAUAUAAGCUGACUCAUU